GGGUUACAAUUCAGAAAUACAAACCCAUGUCGUUUCUAAUGCAGAGACUGGGAUAGCGAGGAGCGCUAGGAACGUAAAGAUUCCCCUUUGUGUCUGAGUAAUUCUUGGCAAGGUGUGGGCGCUGUGCUGUUUUGAUUGCAGUGGCAGCACUGUCUUUUAGAAUGUAGAAUGUCAGCUCGUUGUCUCCUCCGCUCACAGAGGGACCAGCUCGUCAGAGUCCUGGCAGGAGGGUCGCAGGAAGCUUUCCACAGCCUGCUGGACUACCUGCUGGCGUGGGAGGUGCUGCUGCAGGAAGACUAUGAGAACGUGAGGGCGUCUGGCCGCACCUUGUCUGGGGCUACCCGCAGUCUCCUGGACCUCGUUGAAGGUAAAGGGGAGGCAGCCUGCAGGCUCCUGUUUGCUGCUUUAAACCAAGUCCUGCCCGCUUCGCAGAAAUCUCACCUGUCCCUGGAGGAUUUCAGCAGCCCGCCGCCACUGGAAGCAGACCCGCUCUCCACUGCGGUGCAAUCCCUCCUGCGCUACAGGCCUUCCCUGGUAGGGAAGCUCCACGGGCAUGUCGCAGCCACCCUGAAGCUUCUCGUGGACAGAGGCUGUUUCACACAGUACGACUGUGAUGAAGUUCAGCUGCCUGUGUACACGCCCUCACAGCAGGCACGGAGACUGCUGGACCUCACCAGAAUGAAGGGAGAAGACACUGCCCAGCUGCUACUGACGACCAUCCAGCAGUUAGGAAAGGGACCCGCUGAUACCCCCAGUGGUGCCGCGUACUUGAAGUAUCAGAAGAAGCUGAGGACCACAGUUUCAGCGCAGUCGAAAUUCCUCAGCACCUAUGACAGGACUGACAACAUCUGCCUGGAGGACAUCUAUACAGACGGCGUCCUGGAAGUAUCACAGAGUGCAUGUGGGACGAGUGACCAGAAGCAGUGUCCCAUUGGGCUGGAGGACAUCCUGAGCUCGGCUGGGACGGUGAACGAGGACGCAGACACGGUGCUGAUAUCGGGGGAGGCGGGCAGUGGAAAGAGCACCCUGCUGCAGUGGCUCCACCUGCUUUGGGCUUCAGGCAGGGCCUUCCAGGAAUACCUUUUUGUCUUCCCCUUCAGCUGCAGGAGACUGAACUUCAUGGAGAGGGAGGUGUCUCUGCGUUCACUCAUGUUCGAACACUGCUGCUGGCCAGAUGCAGACCAGGACGAGGUCUUUCACUUCAUCCUCAGCCACCCCGAGAAAACCUUGUUCACCUUCGACGGCUUUGACGAGUUUAAAUUCUGCUUCACUGACGAGAAGAGGCACUGCUCCCCCACCAGCCCCACAGGCAUCCAGAGCGUCCUUUUCAAUCUCCUGCAGGGAAACCUGCUGAAGAACGUGUGCAAGGUGAUCACCAGUAGACUGGAGGCAGUCAGCGCCCCUCUGAAGAACUGCAUCCGGAAGGAGGCAUCCCUGAAAGGCUUUUCCCAACAAGGCAUAGAGUCAUUUAUUAGGAAAAACCACAGCGACCCGACGAUCACAGUGCGCUUGAUUGCAUCCUUACAGAGUAACUCGGCUCUUUUCAGCCUGUGCCACAUUCCGGUUUUCUCCUGGAUCGUUUCCAGGUGCCAUGCAGAGCUGCUUGGACAGGGGAGCGGCAGUCCACAGACCACGACAGACCUUUACCUGAUGAUACUUCAGCACUUCCUCCUGCACUCCCAGUCUGCAGCUGGCAGCUGGAUGCAGGGAAGGGUCGGCACCAUCCUCCACUUGGGAAAGCUAGCCCUGGAUGGCCUAAUGUCAUCCUGCUAUGUGUUUUCAUCCCAGGAUCUCAAGCAGGCCCAAGUGGCAGAGGAGGACAUCUCAACAGGCUUUCUCAGCACCAGCAAGAACAUCUCCUCCCAAAGCGGCAAGCACUAUGAGUUCCUCCACAUCACAGUGCAGUGCUUUUUUGCAUCCCUCUUCAUCGUUAUCAACGACAAUAUCGACCAUUCCGCUAUCGCUGCGCUUUUCUGUUCUGGUAGCAAGAAGUCCUCACUGGCUUCUGCCAGGGCUUGUCCAGAGCCUUGCUUCCUCUCCACCUCCUGCCAAGAAAGCAGAGUGCAAACGCUGCUGCAGAACGCAGAAAGACCAAACCUUCAAAUAACCGCAGGCUUUGUGGCUGGCCUGCUGUCUCAGCGCCACAGGAGUGCACUGCUCGAAUCAUGCCAGCCUGCGAAACUGGCCAGGAAGCACGAUUACGUGAAAAAGUACUUGUCUAAAGGCAUGCUGGAGCACUUCAAAUCAAUACCUCCCCCGCUGAAGGGGGAGAAGAAGAGCAUGCACGCUAUGCCUGAAUUUGUGUGGCUGAUCAAGUGCAUUUAUGAAAUGCAGAACAGUGACUUAGCCAAAGAUGCCAUGGCGAAACUUGAAGUGGAGCACUUGAAGCUGACCUACUGUAAUAUCGGCCCAUCUGAAUGCACUGCCCUGGCCUAUGUGCUGAGGCACCUGAAGAAGCCUAUCGGUUUGCAGUUAGACUGCAAUUCAGUGGGAGACGUGGGAAUCGAGCAGCUCCUCCCCUGCCUGGAGAAGUGUCAUGCCAUUUACCUUCGCAACAAUAACAUUUCGGACGAGGGCGUCCGCAGACUGCUUGAGAAAGGGAUUCACUGCCCGAGUUUUCAGAAGAUUGCGCUGUUUAACAACAACUUAACCAAUGAAUGUACGAAGCAUUUUGCAAAACUUCUCAAGCAGAAGCAAAAUUUUCUUUCUUUAAGAUUGGGUAAUAACCACAUCACAAAGGAAGGUGCGGAGCAGCUGGCCGAGGGGUUGAGAGAAAGCAGCUCCCUUCAGUACCUGGGGCUGUGGGGGAACAAGAUCGGAGACAAGGGCGCAGAAGCACUGGCACGGGCCCUUCAGAGCAGCAGGACUCUGAUUUGGUUAAGCCUGGUAGACAACAGCAUCGGCAAUGCCGGGGCGCACGCUCUGGCCGGGCUGGUCCAGGGGAGCGUCUCUCUGGAGGAGCUCUGGCUUACAAACAACCACAUUACAAGGCAGGGGAUGCAGGAUCUUGUAGAAGCACUUAAGAAAAAUACUACAGUCAAAUCAGUCUGGUUGAGAGGCAACAAACUGAGCACUGAGGAGGUUGAGGAACUCACCCAGAUUGACAGAAGACUUACUUUCUGAGUUCCCUUUAGAUUUCAAUUCCACCAAACUCGUGGAUGAUGGCACACAAUGCUGCCGCGGUGACAUCACAAUGCUGCCACGGUGACAUCACGAUGAUGCAGUGGUGACAUCACGAUGAUGCAGACAAGGUAGCAGCCCUCGCUGUGCUUUGAAAACAAAUUAAAAGAACGAAAACACAGAACUUUGGGAAGGAUGUGCUAAGCCUUUUCUCUAAUGCAAAGUUUGCAUGCUGUUUUUUUUAUUUUUUUUUAUUUUAGGAAUAAAUAUCUGUAAAUGUUUGAAUACUAGAAAUAAGCAACAUGAACUGUCAAU